CCUCACCUUCAAGGCUCCAGCAACGCGCAGCAGCAACCACACGCGACGACGUAGUGCCACCGCUCCUCCUCGAACCACCCCGACCAAACACCACCCUACCUCCCUUCCUCCCUCUGCUAGACACUUGCGCCUCUCUGUCGACUCCGUGAAAUCGACUUGCGAACUACCACUCGGCUUCAGAACCGGUAACCCACCAAUUUGCUCGUCCGCCCUAGGAAUCCUGCUCUUUUCGCCCUCGAUCCACGCAACAGCUUCUCUUAGAGUCCCACCAAUGUCCGUUCUAUUGGAGCUGGGCGAGGCGGGCGAUAUCGUCAUUGACCUGCUCGUCGACUACGCUCCGCGCACCUGCGAGAAUUUUCUGAAGCUAUGCAAAGUGAAAUAUUACAAUUUCUCUCCAAUAUACGGUGUCCAGAGAGACUUUUCGUUCCAGACCGGCGACCCAAUCGGACCAGACUCGCCAGACUCAGAUGGUGGUUCGUCUAUAUGGGGCCUUAUCGACGGCCCGUCGCGCCGCUUCUUUCCGGCGGAAUUUCACUCGAAAUUGAAACAUUCGGAGCGCGGAACCGUCAGCAUGGCUACCGCUCCAGCUGCAAGUAACCCCGAUGAGAGGGUUAGCGGGAGUCAGUUCAUCAUCACCCUAGGGGACAAUCUAGACUAUCUUGACGGCAAGUCAUCGGUCUUCGGCAAAGUCGUGGAGGGAUUCGAUGUGUUGGAGAAGAUCAACAACGCUUUCUGUGACGGCAAGGGAAGGCCGCUGAAAGACAUCAGAAUACGGCAUGCGAUAAUCCUGGAGGAUCCGUUCCCCGAUCCCAAGGGUUUGGUUGAACCGCCAGAGAGUCCCGUCCCAUCAGCUGCCCAGUUGGCAACCGUCCGAAUCGCGGAGGAUGAAGAGCUCGAUGUUAACGAAGAUCCUGAAGUGGCUGAAAAACGGAGGCGAGAUCGGGAGGCUAAGGCACAAGCUCUUACGCUAGAGAUGGUCGGAGAUCUACCAUUUGCCGACGUCAAACCACCAGAAAACAUUCUGUUUGUAUGCAAGCUCAAUCCAGUCACACAAGACGAAGACUUGAAUCUCAUCUUCAGCCGCUUUGGCAAGAUUCUCUCGUGUGAGGUCAUUCGGGACAAGAGGACUGGUGAUAGUCUGCAGUAUGCAUUUAUUGAGUUUGACGAUCAGAAAGCCUGCGAACAGGCCUACUUUAAGAUGCAAGGUGUUUUGAUUGACGACCACAGGAUUCACGUGGACUUUUCCCAGAGUGUGUCGAAAUUGUCCACUAGCUGGCGGACAAACACCAACGAAAAACGCCAGAAACAGGCCAAUUCGCAUGGGUUUGGCGGAUCAUCGCAGCUGCAGCGACGGGGGCAAUACCGGGAAGACACAAGAGCACCGCGUAAUGAUGGGCAGCACGAUCUCGUUUUUGAUGCUCCUGAUGUCAAAAGAAAGGAAGAGCCUCCGCGCCGCAGAGAACAGGACCGUCACCGUUCAUCUCGCGGACACGAUGACGGAAGAAGCAAAGACACGAAAAGGUACCGGAGUCGUAGCCGUAGCAGAGAUCGAAGGAGGGAAAGUGAUAGGCUCCGUCACAACCGAAGUCGCAGUCCAAGAAGGCAUCGUGAUCGCGAUGACCGUGACCGGUACAGAAGGUGAUCAUAGGUCAUCACUCAUUCUUCUUCAUGUACGGUAUGUAGUAAAACAGGACUUGGAUUCCCCGAAUAUUCUUAAAGAGAUUGAUCAGUGGUGGCUGGCAUAGCCUACAAUCCUACACGUGUAU